UUAUGUUUCAAUUCUACACUUUAGUUUCGUGUGAGGCACGCGAAAUUAACCUGGCCACCAAACAUCGAGGUUCAGAACAUCAGCUGAUGCAUUGCGAAUUUGACAAAAAUAGUACUGAAUAUUAUCUGCGGCGUAAUGAACAUAAAUUAAACGAAUGCCUUAAACUGGCUGCUACACUACCUAAACGCUUUCCCACCUCGUGUUUGAACUUGACGAGUGGUAUCCAUGAGAUACAAAUUCGAAAGGGAAAUCCUUUUCAAGUGCUAUGCGAUGGUGAUGGUUGGAUAAUCAUUCAGCGACGAUUCAAUGGAAGCCAAGAUUUCAAUAAGAGCUGGGAGGAAUACGUUAAUGGAUUUGGCGACUUGAAUGGAGAGUUCUUCAUGGGUUUAGAAAAACAGCAUCUUGUAACCAGUUUAAAAAAACACGAUAUGCACUUUAAAUUAACAUCUAUAAGGGGCGUAUCUAUGGGAAAAUAUGAUAACUUUAGGAUUGGAAAUGCAGCAUCUCUCUACACAUUGCAAUCAAUAGGAAAAUUUUAUGGCUUUCAGUAUGAAAAUAAUUUGGAAAGGCAUGUCAAUCAGAAAUUUACAACAUAUGAUAGAAAUAAUAUUCCAAAUGAUUAUAAAAAUUGCGCUGCAAACGGAAUGGGCGGAUGGUGGUAUCCAGAAUACUGUGGCGAUAGUAAUCUAAAUGCACCAUUCGGAAAGGAUAGUGGUAUAGUUUGGCCCUGGAGAGGUGGAACCUCUUCAAUCAUGAAAAUUCGACAACAUGGAUAUUGAAAAGUCUUAUCUUAUUUUCUUACUCUUUUCUUGAUUAACAACGAAUUAAAUUGUUUUAUGCUUAGUGCAGUUUAAUAUUUCCCCUA